GAAUUAAUGUCUUCCUAAACUCCAAACAUGUAAACUUUGAACUAGCAGUACAAAAACACGUCUAUUGUACAGGGAUCUCCUUUACCCAGCCACAAUGAAUACGGUCUUUAAUAAAGGUUUGAUUCCCACAGACAAAGGAGAACUCCAAGAAUUCUACCAGCAUUUUGAAACAUAUGAUGAAGGCUUUGAGUAUGGAUCCCAGUUGCCAGAAUGGCUCCUGAGAAACUGGUCAAAAUCCAAGAAGUGGCUUCUUGAAGUCCUGGAGAAAAAUAUUACACACAUAAAAGCAUACAAGUCUGAAAAAGACAAUUCUGUGACGAUAAUGCAGGCUGUACAGGAUGUUAUAGAAAUGGAAAAAAGUGAACUAAUUCCUAACUAUGCGCUCUUAAUGCUGUGGGCCUCUCUCUCUAACGCUGUUCCCAUUGCAUUUUGGACCCUCGCGUUUGUCCUGUCACAUCCUGACAUCCACAGGGCCAUCAAGGAGGACAUAGCGUCUGUGUUCGGCUCAGCAGGUAAAGAUAAGAUGAAAGUCACAGAGGAUGAAUUAAAGAGACUCCCUCUCAUUAAGUGGUGUGUCUUGGAAGCCAUUCGUUUAAGAGCCCCUGGUGUCCUUGCUAGAAAAGUAGUGAAGCCGGUUAACAUUAUGAAUUUCACCAUCCCUCCUGGGGACCUCUUGAUGGUGUCUCCGUUUUGGCUACAUAGAAAUCCAAAGUAUUUCCCUGAACCCGAGCUGUUCAAACCCGAACGUUGGAGAAAGGCAAAUUUAGAGAAGCAUGCUUUCUUGGACGGGUUCAUUGGAUUUGGAGGCGGGAAGUUCCAGUGUCCUGGAAGGUGGUUCGCUCUGUUAGAGAUUGAAAUAUGCCUUAUUUUAAUGCUAUAUAAAUAUGACUGUUAUCUCCUGGACCCAUUACCAAAACAGAGUGAUCUCCAUCUGGUAGGUGUCCCCAAGCCUGAAGGGCAGUGUCGAAUUGAGUAUAGGAAGAGGAUCUGAUGUCACUGGGGUCCUGGGGUCCUGGGCCUCUGGAGGAGCAAUGCCGCGCCACCUGUAACUCUGCAGCACCCUGACCUGAAACACCCAAGGGGUCCACGUGCCUCAUGGCUUCAAGACCAGGAAUCCAUCAUCACACCCACUGACGCAGAGGCCCGAUUACAGGAUAAAGCAGAAGUUAAGCAGGUGAAAUUUGGUUUCAUACAGGACUGUGCUAGACCAGACCAUCUUGUAACAGGUUAUCUGUGAAAUUCUUAGUUCACAAAUUCACUGUAAAAGCAAUGUAAUUAAAUUGUUUUGAAAAGAGCAUAAUAUCUCAGAUGCUAAACAUGAAAUGAUCAUUUCUAAUGGUUUUCUACAUUUUAAAUGUGAUUCUUCAACUCGGGAUUGGGGUUCUUGGUCUCUGUUACUAGAAUGUUUCAUUGCAAUCGUGUCUGAUGUUAAAAGCAUGAAUAAAAUGAUGAUUUGCUAAGGCCUGUAAGGCCAGAGAUCAUGUCUGACAUUUGUGCCCACACUUCCUUACCACCAGGACAGCCUCUUCUCUAAAGAGAAUAUUUAAUAAAUGUAUGCUGAUUGGUA